CAAGCGCUUUAACUAAUUAGGUGAAGUUACUACCUUAUCAAACGUUUCAGAGAGUCAGAGUAGCCGGUGACUGGCAUGUUUGUUACAUCUUCGUGAUUUCAGAGCUCUUCAUCAUGUUCCUGACACGUUCCGAGUAUGACAGAGGAGUCAACACAUUUUCCCCAGAGGGGCGACUCUUCCAGGUGGAAUAUGCCAUAGAAGCCAUAAAGUUGGGGUCAACCGCCAUUGGUAUCCAGACAAGUGAAGGCGUUGUAUUGGCAGUAGAGAAGAGAGUUACCUCCCCAUUAAUUGAAACUGCCAGUAUAGAAAAAGUGAUGGAGGUAGAUGACCAUAUAGGUUGUGCAAUGAGUGGUUUAAUUGCCGACUCCCGUACACUGAUUGACAAAGCCAGGGUAGAAGCUCAGAACCAUUGGUUCACCUACAAUGAGAAGAUGUCUGUGGAAAGUGUCACCCAGGCUGUCAGCAACCUUGCACUCCAGUUUGGGGACGACGACGCUGACCCAGGAGCCAUGAGUCGUCCUUUUGGGGUUGCAUUAUUGUUUGCUGGAAUUGACCAUAAGGGACCACAAUUAUUCCAUAUGGACCCCUCUGGCACCUUCAUCCAGUAUGAUGCCAAGGCCAUCGGGUCCGGGUCAGAAGGUGCACAACAGGCCCUUCAGGAUGUAUACCACAAGUCCAUGACCUUGAAGGAGGCCUGUAAAAAUGCUUUGACCAUCCUCAAACAGGUUAUGGAGGAAAAGCUCAACUCAACAAACGUAGAGAUGGGCACAGUAACACCACAGAAGAAAUUCCACAUGUUCACUAAGGAAGAGCUUGAGGAUGUGAUUAAGGAGAUCUGAUCACUGCCCCGUCCUAUAUCAUCGUACAGUGCUCGCUAUCAUUUGUUCAUAGAUACAUUGCUGAGUGCUGUGUUAGAGAGUUCCGAUUGCAGUCACCUGGGAUUUCAAAGAGCGAGUCUUAUUUUCAACUGUCAGUGCUAGUUGUGCCCCAUUAAUCUAACCCUUUCACCACUGUAGACCAUAAUGGACUCGUCCAGAUGAGUCUAAUCAAGUUUUCUAGGAGUGAAAGAGUUAAUUAAUUCUUUAUUAGAGUUAAAGCUUAUAGGAAGGGACAGAAAACCAAAACUUGUACUCCAUCAACAGUUUCUAUGCGAGAUUUUCAGCUUUAGGUUGGGUUAGAAGUUAAAUCAAUUAUUUCUACAGAAAAACACUUGUGCUCAAUAAACAGUAAACCAUAGCCACAGCUUGUGUCAACUUGAGAUUCUCGAUGAUUUGUAUGUAAAAGUGACUAGAAAGACAUCGGGUAAUUUACUGAUGACUCUACAGGAGUUCACCUGGCAGGAUUAUGGUACAGUAAUACAGUAUCACAUUAGGCCAGUGUUGUUGAGUCUUGUAGAAAAACCAGAACUUUGCACUCAGGUUCACAUUUCUUAUCAUCUUAUGGAAAAAUUUCACUCUUCAGUUUCUUUUGUUUUGUACAGGAGAAAUAAAAUAUUGAUAUA